AUGGCAUUCCUCUUCAUCAAACAGAAGCUCUUCCCUACAAGAGAAGCAGACAAGCUCUCGGGCAAACGUCUCCUUGCCCGCAUUGACGAGAAUACCAUCCAUGGCGACGCCGAUCAAGAUUUAGAGUCCCAAAGCAACCGCUCCUAUGACACUUUCGGACGAUGCAACAGCCAUGACGACUCAACCACAACAGUGGGCAGCAGCGGAAGCACCCGCUCGCGCAUCAACCCUCGCAUCGUCUCUGACGCGAUUCUCGGUCUCUCAGACGGUUUGACCGUGCCAUUCGCCUUGUCUGCGGGUCUCUCUGCGCUCGGAAACACAAAAGUCGUUGUGCUGGGCGGUCUCGCCGAGCUGGCAGCCGGGGCUAUCUCCAUGGGCCUGGGUGGUUAUGUGGGUGCCAAGAGUGAAGCUGAAUCGUACCAAACCACCGUCCGUGAAACCGAACAAUUAAUCAAAACGGACCCACAAGAGACCCGAGCCAUGGUGCGGGAGACUUUUGCUCCAUAUGGGCUCUCCGACUCUGCCGUCUCGGACAUCACUCACGACCUGCAUGCCUCGCAGGACCGACUCCUCGAGUUCCUGCUUACCUUCCACCACCGCGAGACUGCGCCAGACUGCAACCAGGCCUGGACCUCGGCGAUCACCCUUGCUCUGGGGUACUUCAUUGGUGGCUUUAUCCCGCUGAUCCCGUACUUUAUUCUGUCGCAGGUUAUGGCUGCAUUGUACUGGAGCAUUGGUGUGAUGGCGAUCACUCUGCUUGUGUUUGGGUAUGUGAAGACCUGUGUUGUUCGCGGCUGGUCUGGUCGGGGCAACAUAUUGGCUGGUAUCUGGGGUGGUGUGCAGAUGUGUUGUGUUGGGGGUGUCGCUGCCGGUGCUGCUAUUGGGUUGGUGCAGUUGAUUGAUACAGGGAGUGUUUAG